GACGAGAUGAAAAUGGCGGCGGAUGGCUGACCGCCGACUAUCGGAUAUUAUACAUAUAUAACUGCGAUUUAAACCGGCGUUCUCUGUCGAUUUUAACAGAACUUAAUUGUCAUUUAAUAUUACCCGAUUUUUAACGAUUUCCUAAACUCUUUGGCUGGAGUUUUCCAAAAGACAAAACGGAAAGUUCCUUUGGAAAUAAUAGGUUACUCGCUGUCUGCGGUUGCAUUUUAAACUCGGACGUUCGUUUUAGUUUAGCUAACAGUUUGUUGUUCAGCAUAAGAAAAUGUGUGUGAACUAACGUUACUUGCCGCAAAUAACCCAGGACUGGUAACCCCCUCACCCCCCUCACCACCCUAAAACUAGCCAGACAAGUGUCUAAAUUGUAUCAAUAGUAAGCUACACUCUAUAGCUAACUUUAGCUAUAACCACGCUAAACGCUAGAUAAUGAACCACACUAUAAUCCCAAAUGCAAUAUUGGCGCUAUAAACACAAACUAAAACUUGUUGGUUAAUCCCAUUCUCUCGGUAGGGUUUUGUUGUGGUGAUCGACAACAAUGCUUCCCUUUAGUGGGGGAUAGCUAGCCUCUUUACUAUUUCACUAGCUAUGUCCUAGUAGUAAUUAUCUAUCGUUAGCUCUUUAUUCGUACGGUGUUAUUGAAUCAAAUCAAAAUGUCUUUAACUUGGCUACAUUGUUGACUGUAUUUUAGAUUUAGUUUGUCCGAUUUGAAAGGCUGUUUUUAACCCGCAAGUGACAGUAGACACAUCUGAUUUCUAGUAGUGCAAUGUUUAAGUUAGCUUAGCUCUGUCAAAUAAAGUCAAACUAUAUUUCCAAUCACGAGUUAGUUGUAGUGUUCAGCAGCUUGACAGCGCAGUCAGGGACCCACGUGUAUCGGCGAAUCGCCUACCAAAGCAGUCCACUGUCAAGUGACUGUCCAUAAAAUAUGGAAGAUAAGCGUCGACCACGGUUCAGCAAGCGACUGCGGUCGGGCACGAGGCGGCGCUACCAUGACGAUGGUAUCUCGGACGACGAGAUCGAGGGGAAGAGGACCUUUGACCUGGAGGAGAAGUUGAGGAGCGAAAGGUUCACCUCAGACAGGGUGAAACGCAUGGAGGGGAAAGACCUCACGUUUGAGUACAUCCAAAGAGGUGGGUUGAGGGACCCGAUCAUCUUUGAGAAGCCAGACGGACUGGGUAUCAAGAUGCCAGAUCCAGACUUCAGUGUGAACGACGUCAAGAUAUUUGUUGGCAGCAGGCGUAUGAUCGAUGUGAUGGAUGUGAGCACUCAGAAGGGUAUAGAGAUGUCUAUGGCCCAGUGGCGACGUUACUACGAGACGCCCCCCUCCCAGAGGGACAAACUCUACAACGUCAUCAGCCUGGAGUUUAGCCACACCAAACUGGAGAACCUGGUCCAGAGGCCUACAUCGGUGGACAUCAUAGACUGGGUGGACAACAUGUGGCCUCGGCACCUGAAGGAGAGACAGAGAGACUCUACCAACUCCAUCACAGACAUGCAGUACCCCAAAGUGCAGAAGUACUGUCUAAUGAGUGUGCAGGGCUGCUACACGGACUUCCACAUUGACUUCGGAGGUUCCUCGGUCUGGUACCACAUACUGCGGGGAGGCAAGGUAUUCUGGCUGAUCCCGCCCACGCCUCAGAACCUGGAGCUGUAUGAGGACUGGGUGUUGUCAGGGAAACAGGGAGACAUCUUCCUGGGAGACAAGGCCCAGGACUGUCAGAGGAUAGAGCUGAAGCAGGGCUAUACCUUCAUGAUCCCUUCAGGUUGGAUCCAUGCGGUCUACACUCCAGUGGACACCCUGGUGUUUGGGGGGAACUUUCUCCACAGCUUCAACAUCCCCAUGCAACUCAACAUCUACAGCAUUGAGGACAGGACACGGGUACCAGCUAAGUUCCGUUACCCGUUCUACUAUGAGAUGUGUUGGUACGUGUUGGAGAGAUACCUCUUCAGUCUGACCAACACUUCCUACCUCACGCCUGACUUCCAGAAACAUUCCCUGGGCAUCGGUCUUACGAGAGACCCCUCCACCUGUGAGUCCGUCAACGGCCACACCCAGAGGGAGGAUGAAGAGGAGGCUCCCCCGACGCGGGGCUCUAAGCCCGGGGUGAAGGUUCACCUGACGCCCUUUGAGCUGGAGGGGCUGUGGAACCUGCUGGGGAAGCUGGAGUCGCUGCCCUCACAGAAGAACUGUGUCCCGGCGGGCAUACACAAUGCUCCCGCGCUGCUGCACGACAUCAGGGCCCUGCUGAAGGAGCAUGCUAAUGACAUCCCCAAACUGUCCUACACUGGGAAGCCCAUCGUCAAGUGGCCCACUAGGCCGUCGUGGUACCAGCCUCCUCCCCCUCCUCCCCCGGUGGCUCGUCCCAAGCUGUCUGCCACGGUGGUGACCCCGCGACCCCAGAAGCCCGCCUCCUCCAUGUCCGUGCUGCGGCGGCGGCGCGUGCGGUGUAAGCGCUGCGAGGCGUGCGUCAGGACGGAGUGCGGGGACUGUAACUUCUGCAGGGACAUGAAGAAGUUCGGCGGGCCGGGGAAACUCAAACAGACCUGCGUGCUCCGACAGUGUCUGGCGCCGGGUCUGCCCCUGUCAGUGGUGUGUGAGCUCUGUGGAGAGGGGAACCAGGAGGGAGGAGAGGGGCCAGUCUUCGCCCUCACCCUCAUGGAGUGUUCCAACUGUGCCCAGAUAGCCCACCCCGCCUGCCUCAAGGUAACAGGGGAGGGUGUGGUGAACACCGAUCUGCCCAGCUGCUGGGAGUGUCCCAAAUGUGUUCUGGGAAUCACCGAUACUGAGGUGAAAGGGGACAAGAAUAAAAUGUUACACGCGAAACGCAAGUCUUCUUCGUAUCUCGACGGCCGCAUAGCUAAGAUCUACCGUCGCGGUGGUCACAGCGAUGACUCUGGCAGCGAUGAUGAUGAUGACGACGAUGAUGAGGAUGAGGAUGAUGAUGAAGGCUCCAGGGGCGGAGGAGGCGGCGGCGCGGGAAGGAAGAUGUCCGGACCACGCCCUCGCGGCAGUGGUUCCGCCUCUCGAAGAGGCUACGGGACUGGGAGGCGAGGCAUUUGGAGAGGCUCCUCCCACAGAGGGGCAGGCCGUGGGAGUGGGCUGGCCCCUCACUCCUCCCUGAAGAUGAGGCGUGGCAGAGGGGGGGUGGGGCGAGGGGACAUGGAGAGAGGCGGGAGAGUGCGCCUCCGGGGUGGCACCAGGAUGCAGAGACGCAGGGACGAGUCAGAGGAGGACGACAACGAUGAUGAUGAUGAUGACGACGAUGAAGAUGACGACAGCGAGGAAGAUCCGCAGCAUCACCACCAGCAUAAAGACCACCGGCAACGCCGCAGGCGGAGGAGAACGGACGACGAGGAAGACGACGAUGAAGACGAUGAUGAGGAAGACAGCUCGGCCCGGGACCUGGAGGGGGAGGAUGACGUGGACGAUGAAGAUGAGGAUGACGACGAGAACCAGUCAGACUCCGAACCAGAGCCUCCUGUUCUCCUGGUGUCUGACCUUAACGACGACUUCCUAAAUGGCUCGUACCUGACCGUGACCCUACAGCGCCCCCCAAGGGCUAAACGCCACCCCGGCUCCAUCGUACCCAAGCUGGAGGCCGCCAUGUCUCCCAGAACCCACGGCGGCGGUCCAGGUUACGUCCAGCAUAAAACCCUCGGGAAGACGCGGCACAAAAACGGCACGGUCGCCGCCGGCAAUGGCCUGGCCCAGCCCGCCAAGAAUCCAGUCGGCCGGCCGCCUCGUCACCGUAUCAACAAUCCCCACGGCGACACAGCAGACAGGGAGAGAGACACUGCCUCUCCUUCCUCCUCAGACUCCUCGGCCUCCCCCACCCCUCCUCCCCAGUCCUCCCACUCUCCUUCCUCGCUCUUGUCGCUGCCCUCCUUCAAGGAUGUAGGAAAUGAGAAAGGAGGGGAGAAGGAGGUGUGGGUGGCGGUGUUCCUUUACCUGAGCAGAGCCGAGUUGGCUAGCUGUAUGACUGUCUGUAAGGCCUGGUACAAAUGGAGUUGUGACAAGCGUCUCUGGAGUGGUGUGGAUGUAUCGCGUUGUCCCUCGCUCUCCUCCCAGGCCCUGCAGGGCAUCAUCAAACGCCAGCCCACCUCCCUGGACCUCUCCUGGACCCCCGUUUCCAAGAAACAGAUCACCCUGCUCAUACACCGCCUGCCAGGUCUGAAGGAGUUGAUGAUAGCAGGUUGCUCCUGGUCGUCCAUGUCAGCCCUGUCCACCCCCAGCCUGCCGUGCCUCCGUACCCUGGACCUGCGCUGGGCAGAGGGGGUCAAAGACACCCAGAUCAGGGACCUGGUCACACCACCAGGCUGUGACAGUCGGUCUCGGCUGCGUGGCUGUGUGGUGCUGCGUCUAGCCGGCCUGGACAUCAGUGACUCCACCCUGAGGCUGAUUCUCCGUCACAUGCCCCUGCUAGAGCGGCUGGACCUGGCUCACUGCGGAGACCUCACGGACCAGUCCGUCUGCCUGCUCACCGCCGCCGGCACACACACGCGUAACACACUCACGGAGAUCAACCUCUCAGGCUGUAACAAGCUGACGGACGGCUGUCUGGCGUACCUGAAGAGGGCGUCUGGCCUGGUGCUGCUGGACCUGCGGGGCUGCAAAGGUGUGACGCGGCGGGGCUGUGAGGGCUUCAUCUCGGACCUCUCUCACUGCGUCCUGUUCUGUAUGACGGAGGAGAAACUCAUCCAGAGGAUAUCAUAACUGACCCCCCACCCUCGUUCGUACCCCUACGCAAGGGGCACAGAGACCCCACACCAGCCAGGCAGGGGGGAGAGAGGGGGAGCAGCAAACACCCCUCCCCCGAUACGGAGAACAAGCGCUCCAGAAAAGGGGGGGCAAGAAAAGGGUGAAAAGACGUUCACACUCCUCACUUAGGGUGAUAGAAGGAAGACAUGGGGGUUUGAUGGAGGGAGAGGGUAGACUGUGCUGUUGCAGCAUCAUGUGUUUAUUAGGCGGGUUAGGAGUUAUGAAUAGCACAGACACUUGUUAGUGUUGUUCACGCUAGAUGGCUGAAAAUGGGAACCCGAUGGAUUGAAUGUGCGUGUUUGUACGACGUGGUCCCACAAAGCGGUAGAGUGAAUCGGUAUAGAUUUCAGAGGGGGUUGAGAGGGAAGGGGACUGGAGAAGAUUCCGGACAUGACUGGUGUCCAACUAGGUCUAGACUCUAUGCUGAACUUUCCAUGGACUCCUUGGGAAACCGAGCCGUCGAACGGGUGCCAAACCUGUCCUAGAAACCCCCCCGCCCCGCUGUCCCUUCUUUUUCGCACCAUCCUCACCCCUCUCCGUUUGAUACGCUCACAGCCGUGAGUUUUGUUGGAUGAAAACCGUACUGUAUCGCUCAUUAGGGUGCGUCCCAAAUGGAGCCCUAGUUCAAAAGUGGUACACUAUAUAGGGAACAGGGUGCUAUUUGGGACGAAUACAUAGUCUCUCUUCAGUUUUACUUGACUCCACUACCAGCCACUACAGGUCUUAACGUUAUAGUCUUCGAAUUCCCUCAUUUGACAGAAUAUUUUCCUCCUGUCGUAUUCAUCUCUUUCCUUUCUGUCAGUCCUUUUCAGAGGUGUAACGUUUUGUUCAUCCCUUCGCUCUAUCACCCAUAAUGUUAUUGUUGAACCGGAGGGCUCAUGGGAUGCGUCCCAAAUGUCACCCUAGUCCCAGUAUAGUGCACUACUUUUGAAAAAGUAGUGCACUAUAUAGAGAAUAGGAUACCAUUUGGGACGCGAUCUUGGUGAAUUGUGUUGGUUGCCCUACUGCAGUUGCUCAAUGGGCCUGGAACAUGCCUGUAGCAUUGCAAUCAAUGAUAUAAAUAUUUUCUGAAAUGUUUUGCAGAAAUACUUUUUUGUUUGUUGUUCAUUUGUGGUUUUUACAAGAAAAAAAGAGGAAUAAAACAAAUCUUCAAUGAGUA